AUACGAAUGGAUAUGGAAGAGGAAGGGGCAGUUUCCACGCCACCCCGACCAUCUCCUCCUCCUCUUCCUCCUCCUCCUCCUCCUCUUCCACCACCAUGGGGACGAGGGAAGUGCUGUACCUAUUGUUGAUGGUGUGUGGCUGUACCAGUGAGGGCAUCCGUUCAACUCGACGCUACGUGUUGGAGGAACCGCCCGGCACCCCUUGUGGAGAUCUCAAGUAUGGGGUGGACAACGGAAUUCCUCCACUAGCUGUCAGCACAGGAGGGGAGCUGAACACCGUGCAGAGGUUCCCAUUCUUCAAAGGGUUCGCGGAGGUGAUCUUCGAGCUCUGCCACCAGACACCCCCAGUAAUCGGCAGCAAACCGCUCCUUCAGUGCAAGCGAAUCGACUCGACCGUGGUGCAGCUCGAAGGAAAGAGACACAACGAGUCGGUAUUGGUGAAGAAGGAUCUCAUUCCCUCAGAGUUCUACCACACCCUCAAGUUCCCCGACAAUGUGCAGUGUCAAGGGUGUGUCCUGGUGAUCAAGACGGUCGAGAGGGCGUGCCGAAACUGCGAGGUCACUGACGCCUUGGAGAUGUGUUCUUAUGUCAACGUCGAGACCACCAUCGCACCACCACCAUCACCACCACCAGCACAAGGAGAAAUACACCCACUAUCAAUGCCAGUAUACUCCCACAUUACAGAGAGUCCACCACAUCGACCACUCCCAACACCAUAUCGAGACCAUGACCCAAACAUUGUAGACCCGCCAAUUAGAAUAACAGUACUACCACCUUAUCCUUUCACAUAUCCACCAAUUCGAGACCCGCUAGUUAUAGAUGCAAAAUUUUCCCAACAAACACUUCAGCCACCGCCCUUUUUACUAUCAGGUACACAGCCUCCAAUAACUGUCGAGCCACCACUCCCAAGACCAAUACCACUAACCCGCCCACCAAUAAUAAUCGAACCACCAGUCCCAACACCACAACCAACCCUCCCACCAAUAACAGUCGAACCAUUAGUCUCAACACAACCACCACCAACUCUCCCACCAAUAACAGUCGAACCAUUGGUCUCAACACAACCACCACCAACUCUCCCACCAAUAACAGGCGAUCCACCAUUCCCAUCAAUACCACCAACUCUCAAACCAAUAAUAGUCGAACCAUUAGUCUCAACACAAUCACCACCAACUCUCCCACCAAUAACAGUCGAACCAUUAGUCUCAACACAACCACCACCAACUCUCCCACCAAUAACAGUCGAACCAUUAGUCUCAACACAACCACCACCAACUCUCCCACCAAUAACAAUCGAACCACCAAUCCCAACAUCAAUACCACCAAUCCUCCCACCAAUAACAGUCGAACCAUUAGUCUCAACACAACCACCACCAAUCCGCCCACCAGUAAAAAUACCCAAAAUCUCCUUCCCACCAUUGAUACAACCAAAUUUCACGAUACCACCGACCCUCCCGCCACUAAUAUUCCGACCACAUAAGAAGCCACUUCCAAUCGUAGUAAUACCCCCAGCUUCCUUCCCUCCACUGACGCAACCAAAUAUCACCAUACCACCAUCACCAGCGCCACUAACGAUAUCGCAACCAAAACCAACACUUUCAAUCGUAGAAGUACCCACUGUUUCCUCCCCUCCACCGAUGCAACCAACACUCCCGCCAGCUAACUCAACACUUCCAACCGUAGAAAUGCCCACAGUUUCUUUCCGUCUACGGGUGCAACCAACUUCCACCAUACGACCAACACUCGAGCCAUCUAACUCAACACUUCCAACCGUAGAAAUACCACCAGUUUCCUCCCCUCUACCGAUGCAACCAACUUCCACCAUAAGACCAACACUCGAGCCAUGUAACUCAACAUUUCCAACUGUAGAAAUACCCACAGUCUCCUUCCCUUCACUGAUACGACCAACUUCCACCAUAAGACCAACAUUCCUACCACCUAACACAACAUUUCCAACUGCAGAAAUACCCAGCGUGUCAUUUCCACCACUGAUACAACAAAAUUUCACCAUACCAGGAACACUCCCGCCGCUUACUCUACCUGGGCACGGAAGGAUCGCACCCCAACCACCAAAACAACAACUAUCAUUACCAGAAACAGCAGAGGCAUAUACACCAACACCAACACCAAUACCACCAACAUCACCACCAAAACCUUCACCAACACCAAUACCAUCACCACCAACAAACCAAACAUCACCAACAAACCAAACAUCACCAACAAACCAAACAUCACCAACAAACCAAACAUCACCACCAACACCAAUACCAUCACCACCAACAAACCAAACAUCACCAACAAACCAAACAUCACCAACAAACCAAACAUCACCAACAAACCAAACAUCACCAACAAACCAAACAUCACCAACAAACCAAACAUCACCAACAAACCAAACAUUACCACCAAUACCAAUACCAUCCCCACCAACAAACCAAACAUCACCACCAACACCAUCACCAUCACCAACACCACCAACACCAACACCACCUCCUCCACCAUCAUCACCACCACCACGGCCCUCCAACAGUUCCAUUCUCUGCACCAUAUUUGUGAAUUGCCGAGAUUCAAACUCCGCCCCGCCGCCCUUUCUCCAACACCUCAACCAAACACUACAAGCACAACCACCACAACCACAUAACCAGUAAACACACCACCACCACCACCACCACCUAGACCACCUCGACAUGGCAACACUGAGCUUCGUGAAAGUAGAUUGGCGUCACUAUGAAAAAAAUUCUGCCCGCUUAACAUGAAUUUGGGGCAAGAUUUUUUUUUCGUCCGGGAAUGUAUGAAAAAAAAUCUGUAUUGCUUUCCUUGAAGUAAAUGAAUUGUAUAAUGAAUUAGAUGAAUGUGAAAUAAAGGAAUUGAAGUUA